GUGAAAAUAAAUUUUUCACUACAACAAUAUACUCCAUAUGUCAAUGAAGACGGUAUUAACGUUUAUUGUACAACCACAGAUUUCUUAGUUAUCAUAGACGUUCGAUAUUGUCAACCAAACGAUCUCAAAGUGGUUGCAACUCAGAAUCUGUUAUCUGCGUAUUGCAAUCCUACAAAAUUGCAUAAAAAUUUGGAUGUCAGACGAUGGAAAAAACAUGUUAGCAUUUCAAAUAUUCUUCCAACAUCAACUGUUGCUGCAGUUACAGACUCGGGAUGUCUUUUAAUUCAGGGUAAACGACGAUAUGCAAAAAUGGUUGUUCCACUGGAAACACGGGAUAGUUGUUUUGGUGGAGGAAAAAUUGACAACAAUGUAACACUGUUGGGAUGUGUGGAUAACGAAAAAAAACUUCUUCGACAUCGGGUAAAACCAUCACCACCACCAUUACUGCAAACAAGUUUUUGA